UUGGGUGCAGUUUUCGUGGCGCGGGGAGUUUGGAUCCCGGUUAGGCCUGCUUGGAUCUUACAGGCGAGGGAAGAAAGAAAAGAACGAAGAGGUCCAAGGUACUUCCAAAAUCAUCUCAGGAACUCGAUGUCAAAAGCCCCUGGACCCCACCUCUAAGAUGUGCACUCCACGGACCUCCGCAGGGGAAGACUGCACAAUGUCACAGGGCCAUGGCUGCUAUUCCACAAAAUAAUCUGCAGGAGCAACUGGAGCGUCACUCAGCCAGAAAACUUCAUAAUAAAUUAAGUCUUUCAAAACCCAAAUCUUUCGGUUUCACUUUUAAAAAGAAAACUUCAGAAAAUGAUGUAUCUGUAACUAGUGUGUCAGUAGCAAAAACACCUGUGUUGAGUGAUAAAGAUGUUAAUGUUGCUGAGGCCUUUUCCUUCAGUGAACCUUUAGCCCGUGCCACGAAUCAGCAGACAAGCAUCGGUGACUUUAAAAAUGCCGCAGUAGGACAGCAAACCAAGAGAGUUGGUUCAGAAUUAUCUUCACCAGAUUUGUUGCGCUUUUCACAGGAAGUUUUGUGUACUGCCCAAAACACACCUGUUACAAAGGAACCCCGUGAUGCUACUUUCAAGUUAGAAUUUAGUUCUUCAACAGAUUCUUUUAUUACCGUCAAUGAUUGGGAUGAUAUGGAUGACUUUGAUAUUUCUGGGAAUUCAAAAGCAUUUGUUACACCACCCAAAUCUCACUUUCUAAGAGUAAGCACUGCUCAGAAAUCGAAAAAGGCCAAGAGAAACUUUUUUAAAAUACAGCUACCUAAAACAAAUACAGUAAAAGCUGAUUUGUCUCCCUCCUCUGAAAACAAGCAAGUAGAUUUGACUAAGGAACAGCAAGGUGACUCAGAAUGGCUAAGUAAUGGUGUGAUUUGCAUUGAUGAUGACCCCAUUUCCAAAGGACUUAUCAAUGAAGAUACUCAGGAAAGUCACUCUUUAAAAAUUCACUUGAGAGAUGAAAGAGAUAAUAGUGAAAAGAAGAAGAGUUUAGAAGAAACCGAAUUACACUCAAAUGAAAAACCUCCAUGUACUGAGUUUGAUGAGGAUGAUUUCAAUUUAGAUUGUGUUCCACCAUCUCCAGAAGAAGGAAUCACUUCUGCCUCUUCUUCCUCCUUAAAAUGCUUUAGUAUGUUAAAUAACCUUGAUACCUCUGACAUAAAGAAGGAUGUUCUUAGCACAUCAGAGGACCUUUUGUCAAAACCUGGGAAAGUGACUACACACCAGCCUAAUGAAGAAAUCAGCGCAGACUGUGACGCUAGACAGCUAAGUUUACAGCAGCAGCUUAUUCAUGUGAUGGAAGACAUCUGUAAAUUGGUUGAUACUAUUCCUGAUGAGGAACUAAAAGCUUUGGAUUGUGGGAAUGAACUGCUUCAGCAGCGGGACAUAAGAAGGAAACUCUUAGCUGAUGCAGAUUUUAAUAGAAUUGAUUCAGGUGUUCUUGGCUCAGUGUGGAAAUGCAGCCCUGUGGAAGAUAUGGCAUCUCUUUCCUCUCCUUAUUCAUUUCCAAAGGGUGAUUCCUAUUCUACACAGAAUUCUGUUAAGAAACUAAAUUUUCCACACCUUCCUUCAAAUUCCGUUUCCAGUGAAGAAUGUUUACUGACCACUACCCCAGGGAAGAUAGGAUUCUCAGCCACCAAGAAGAAUCCCUUUGAAAGACCAUUAUUCAACUCCCAUUUAGACAAGUCCUUUGUAAGUAUCAACUGGGCUGAAACACCAAGGAUAGAGAAAAGAAAUGAAAGCUCCUAUUUUCCAGGAAGUGUUCUCACAAGCACUGCUGUGAAAGAUCAGAGUAAACACACUGCUUCAAUAAAUGACUUAGAGAAAAGAGAGAUUUCAGAAAUCCAGGCUUCCUGUGAUAUUGAUAAUUUUAAUAUAGAUGAUUUUGAUGAUGAUGAUGACUGGGAAAAUAUAAUGCAUAAUUUAGCAGCCAGCAAAUCUUCCACAUCUGCCUAUCAACCUAUUAAGGAAGGUCGGCCAAUUAAAUCAGUAUCAGAAAGAAUUUCUUCAGCCAAGACAAACUGUCUUCCAGUGUCAUCUACUGCUCAAAAUAAAAACUUCUCAGAGUCAAUUCAGAAUUACACUGGCAAGUCUGGGCAAAAUUUAGCAUCCAAAAAUCUGAAACACGAAUGUUUCCAAAGUCUUAGUUUUCCUCAUUCAAAAGAAAUGAUGAAGAUUUUUCAUAAAAAAUUUGGAUUGCACAAUUUUAGAACUAAUCAGCUAGAGGCAAUCAAUGCUGCGCUGCUUGGUGAAGACUGUUUCAUCUUAAUGCCCACCGGAGGUGGUAAAAGUCUGUGUUACCAGCUACCUGCCUGUGUUUCUCCUGGAGUCACUAUUGUCAUUUCUCCCUUGAGAUCACUAAUAGUAGAUCAAGUCCAAAAGUUAACUUCCUUAGAUAUUCCAGCUACGUAUCUGACAGGUGAUAAGACUGACUCAGAAGCUACAAGUAUUUACCUCCAGUUAUCCAAAAAAGAUCCAAUUAUAAAACUUCUGUAUGUCACUCCAGAAAAGAUUUGUGCAAGUAACAGAUUGAUUUCUACUCUGGAAAAUCUGUAUGAGAGGAAGCUCUUGGCACGUUUUGUUAUUGAUGAAGCACAUUGUGUCAGUCAGUGGGGACAUGAUUUUCGUCAAGAUUACAAAAGAAUGAAUAUGCUUCGCCAGAAGUUUCCCUCUGUUCCGGUGAUGGCUCUUACUGCCACGGCUAAUCCCAGGGUACAGAAGGACAUCCUCACUCAGCUGAAGAUUCUCAAACCUCAGGUGUUUAGCAUGAGCUUUAACAGACAUAAUCUGAAAUACUAUGUAUUGCCGAAAAAGCCUAAGAAGGUGGCAUUUGAUUGCUUAGAAUGGAUCAGAAAGCACUACCCAUAUGAGUCCGGGAUUAUUUACUGCCUCUCUAGGCGAGAAUGUGACACAAUGGCUGACACAUUGCAGAAGGAUGGUCUGGCCGCUCUUGCUUAUCAUGCUGGCCUCAGUGAUUCUGCUAGAGAUGAAGUACAGCACAAGUGGAUUAAUCAGGAUGGCUGCCAGGUUAUCUGUGCAACAGUUGCAUUUGGAAUGGGAAUUGACAAACCUGACGUGCGCUUUGUGAUCCAUGCGUCUCUCCCUAAAUCUGUGGAGGGUUACUACCAAGAAUCUGGCAGAGCUGGAAGAGAUGGGGAAAUAUCUCACUGCCUGCUUUUCUAUACCUAUCAUGAUGUGACCAGACUGAAAAGACUUAUAUUGAUGGAAAAAGAUGGAAACCAUCAUACAAAAGAGACUCACUUCAAUAAUUUGUACAGCAUGGUACAUUACUGUGAAAAUAUAACAGAAUGUCGGAGAAUGCAGCUUUUGGCUUACUUUGGUGAAAAUGAGUUUAAUCCUGAUUUUUGUAAGAAAUACCCAGAUGUUUCUUGUGAUAAUUGCUGUAAAACAAAGGAUUAUAACACAAGAGAUGUAACUGAUGAUGUGAAAAAUAUUAUAAGAUUUGUUCAAGAUCAUAAUUCAUCAGCAAGAAAUAUAAAACAUGUAGGUCCUUCUGGGAGAUUUACUAUGAAUAUGCUGGUCGACAUUUUCUUGGGGAGUAAGAGUGCAAAAAUUCAGUCCGGGAUAUUUGGAAAGGGAUCUGCUUAUUCACGGCACAAUGCUGAAAGACUUUUUAAAAAACUGGUCCUUGACAAGAUUUUGGAUGAAGACUUAUACAUCAAUGCCAAUGACCAAGCAAUUGCCUAUAUCAUGCCUGGAGAGAAAGCCCAAACUAUACUAAAUGGGCAUUUAAAGGUAGACUUUAUGGAAACAGAAAAUUCCAGCAGCAUGAAAAAACAAAAAGCUUUAGUGGCAAAGAUAUCUCAGAGGGAAGAGAUGGUUAAGAAAUGUCUUGGAGAACUUACAGAAGUCUGCAAAUCUCUAGGGAAAGUUUUUGGUGUCCAUUACUUCAAUAUAUUUAAUACUGGCACUCUCAAAAAGCUUGCAGAAUCUUUAUCUUCUGAUCCUGAGGUUUUGCUUCAAAUUGAUGGUGUUACUGAAGACAAACUGGAAAAAUAUGGUGCAGAAGUGAUUCCAGUAUUACAGAAAUACUCUAAGUGGACACUGCCAGCUGAUGACGACUCCCCACCGCUAAGCUUGCCCAGCAGCAGAGGCCCUGGAAGAAGGGCCACCAGGGAGCUGGAAGAGGAAACACCCACGUCUUCUCACUAUUUCGCAAAUAAAACCAAAAAUGAAAGAAAGAGGAAAAGGAUGUCAGCUUCCCAAAGGUCCAAGAGGAGAAAAACUGGUUACGGUGGUUCUAAUGUAAAGGGGGGGUCUACCACAUGCAGAAAGAUCUCUUCUAAAACUAAGUCCUCCAGCACAUUUGGAUCCAGUUCAGCCUUGCAUGGUUCUCCCGCAACUUCAGGGACAAGUAGAAAACUGGGGAUUAUGGCUCCACCAAAGCCUAAAAAUAGACCAUUUCUUAAGCCUUCAUACGCAUUUUUAUAACAACCAAAUCACAACGUUCAUAGCUCUUAUUUCUUGUUUGUCGGCUUCUGACCAUCUGUGAAUAUAAAACUGUUAGUUUUAUUAUACCAUUUGUAAUUUUUUUACCCAGUAAAUAUUAAUAUCUAAAUAAAUGCUUGGAGUGAUGGUUCUUAUUUUUUAAAUAAGCAUUUGUUUUUGAAUAAGCAUGAUUUGCUGCCACUGCAAGUGCUGAGGCUGUUGUUUCGCAGAACGUCUGAAACAGCAGCUGAAUCAUCUCAGUGAGAGGAAUUCUAAGCACAACAUAAAACCCAGAAGCUGAAGAAAAAGACACGUGAUGUUGUGAAAUUGUAACACUUUGUAUAUAAGGCAACAUAAAGUUAAAAGACAAACAAUAGAGAAAAUAGAAGAAAAUGUAUUACAAAGGAUUGAUAUCUAUAACAUAUAAAGAGUGCCUAUAAAUCACUAAGAAAACAGCCCAGGAGAAAAAUGGACAAAGAAUGUGAGUAGACUACUCUCAGAAAAAGUACAAAUGGUCCAAAAAUAUGUGAAAAGUGCUUGA